AUUGAUAGACUACUUUGGCUUGGAGAUACACAAUCAGCGUAGUCAGUGAGUCAGUUUAUUCUUCUUAGAUCUCCGUUCUUAUUCUUUUCGGUCUUAUAUUAAGGUCGCGUGGCCAUGGCAUCGGCGAUACACAAGCUGGUGUGCACCGUGGGACUGGUGUCGCUCGCGCACGUCGCUUACUCGGCCGCGCAGCACCGCACCUACAUGCGCCUCACCGAGCAGGAGUUCACCGCACUGCCGGCGGACGUCCUCGUGCAGGGCAUCGUCAGCCUCAUCAUGCUCAUGCACUCCAUCUCGCACAUCUCCGGCGAGUUCAAGGACAUCAAGGUCGGCGCCGACCUUGACACGAAGUCGUGGGAGUCGGUCGGCAACCGACCGUCGUUCUACUCCUUCCACCACCGCGGCAAGGCGUUGUUCGGCCGCCAGCAGGUGAUGGAGGGCGAGGAGUCGGAGUCGUCACGCUACUGCGUCGUCGCACCCGAACACUUCCCGUCGGCGGAGAGCGCGUCGAUCGACGGAGGAGAAGAGGACGAGGAUGAGGAUGAGGAUGCUGAGGAGGAGGAAGAGGAGGACGACUAGUGAUCGGCGCGACGAUGACCCUCCUGUCGAAAUUACGCGUCGAGCGAGCGAUGGAAGUGGCAAUAAACUGUAAUAUUCCUCGUUUAAUUUGGCCUCAAUCUGUCUAGAAUUGUUUUACUAUAAUUGCGUGUGAUUAUUUUGCAUGCAUGGCUAAUGUUUGAUCCCUCUUCGUGCAUAAUGCUUUUACGACCAUCUCCUUGAAGGCAUGCUAUGUGAAAUACGACGUAAUUUACGUGUAAAAAGUUUUCUGUUGGUAUGGAUUUGAUAAUAAAUGUAUUUGACACAUACA